AAUAUUCCCUGCCCUGCUCCGAGGUGCUGCUCCCUCCCAGGGAAGACUGUUUGUUGUGUGACGCCGGCCCUAGAAAGAGACUCCGAUGGACUUACACCGGGCAGCCUUCAAGAUGGAAAAUUCAUCCUACCUUCCUAACCCUCUGGCAUCCCCAGCGCUGAUGGUGCUGGCAUCCACGGCUGAAGCCAGCCGGGAUGCUUCCAUCCCCUGCCAGCAGCCACGACCCUUUGGUGUACCUGUCUCAGUAGACAAGGACGUGCACAUCCCUUUUACCAACGGCUCCUACACCUUUGCCUCUAUGUACCACAGGCAAGGCGGGGUGCCAGGCACUUUUGCCAACCGUGAUUUCCCCCCUUCUUUGCUACACCUCCACCCUCAGUUUGCUCCUCCAAACCUAGAUUGCACCCCAAUUAGUAUGCUGAAUCACAGUGGCGUUGGGGCUUUCCGUCCCUUCGCCUCCACUGAGGACCGGGAGAGCUACCAGUCUGCCUUCACACCAGCCAAACGACUGAAGAACUGCCAUGACACAGAGUCACCCCACUUGCGCUACUCAGAUGCAGAUGGCAAGGAAUAUGACUUUGGGACCCAGCUGCCAUCUAGCUCCCCCGGUUCACUUAAGGUCGAUGACACUGGCAAGAAGAUUUUUGCUGUCUCUGGACUCAUUUCUGACCGGGAAGCUUCCUCCAGCCCCGAGGACCGGAAUGACAGAUGUAAGAAGAAGGCAGCUGCGUUGUUUGACAGCCAGGCCCCCGUCUGCCCCAUCUGCCAGGUCCUGCUGAGGCCCAGCGAGUUGCAGGAGCAUAUGGAGCAGGAACUGGAACAACUGGCCCAACUGCCCGCCAGCAAGAAUUCCCUUCUGAAGGAUGCCAUGGCUCCAGGAACCCCCAAGUCCCUUCUGUUGUCCACUUCAAUCAAGAGGGAAGGAGAGUCUCCCACUGCGUCACCACACUCAUCUGCCACCGACGACCUGCACCACUCAGACAGAUACCAGACCUUCCUGCGAGUGCGAGCCAACCGGCAGACCAGGCUGAAUGCUCGGAUUGGGAAAAUGAAACGGAGGAAGCAAGAUGAAGGGCAGGUAUGUCCCCUGUGCAACCGCCCCCUGGCAGGAUCGGAGCAGGAGAUGAGUAGGCAUGUGGAGCAUUGCCUUUCUAAGAGGGAAGGCUCCUGCCUGGCUGAGGACGACGCUGUGGACAUGGAGCACGAGAACAGCACCCGCUUUGAGGAGUACGAGUGGUGUGGGCAGAAGCGGAUACGGGCCACCACUCUUUUGGAAGGUGGCUUCCGAGGCUCCGGCUUUGUCAUGUGCAGCGGCAAAGAGAACCCAGACAGUGACGCGGACUUGGAUGUGGAUGGGGAUGACACACUGGAAUACGGGAAGCCACAAUACACGGAGGCUGACGUCAUCCCCUGCACUGGCGAGGAGCCUGGAGAAGCCAAGGAGAGGGAGGCCCUCCGGGGCGCAGUCCUAAAUGGCGGCCCUCCCAGCACCCGAAUCACCCCCGAGUUCUCUAAGUGGGCCAGUGAUGAGAUGCCAUCUACCAGCAACGGGGAGAGCAGCAAGCAAGAGGCCAUGGCCAUGCAGAAGACCUGUAAGAACAGUGACAUCGAGAAAAUCACCGAGGAGUCUGCUGUGACGACGUUUGAAGCCCUGAAGGCUCGGGUCAGGGAGCUCGAACGGCAGCUGUCUCGUGGGGACCGUUACAAAUGCCUCAUCUGCAUGGACUCCUACUCGAUGCCCCUAACGUCCAUCCAGUGUUGGCAUGUGCACUGUGAGGAGUGCUGGCUUCGGACUCUGGGUGCCAAGAAGCUCUGCCCGCAGUGCAAUACGAUCACAGCGCCAGGGGACCUGCGGAGGAUCUACUUGUGAGCGCACCCCCCAGCCUCGCCUCCUGCAGCCCCACCUGCCCCAGCCUCUGUGACAGUGAGCCUCUCCCCGUGUACAUACUUGCACACAGGUUCCCCUUGUACAUACAUGCACAUACACACACACAUACACACAGGACUCUGGAGCCAGAGUGGAGGCUGUGGCCUGGCCCUGCCGGCUGUUCUAGACUACCCCGGGUGAAGCAAGGGGUGGUGGAGGAUAGGGGAGUAAGGCUCCUGAGAUCCAGCCCCCAGACUGACCAGAUGGACAGACAUGCAAACACCAGACUGAAGCACAUGUAAUAUAGACCGUGUAUGUUUACAAUGUUGUGUAUAAAUGGGACAACCCCCUCCCCCCACCCCUUGGUUGUAUGAUUUUUUUUUUUUUUUAAGAAUAUCUGAAGCAGUGCCUCCCUCAGGGCUGGCUGGGGGCUCGGCCCACCCACCUCUUGGGGUGCCUGCCUCCCCCAUCCCCUCCAUGGUGCCCUCCCUCUCCCAUGUGCUCGAUGUUCAGUGGUGUAUAUUUCUCCUCCCGGACAUGGGGCACACGCCCCCAGGGACAUGGUCCUCUCCUUAGUCUUAGCUCAUGGGGCUCUGUUUCAGAGCUGGGGGCAGGGAAUGGGCACCGAGCUGAAGCCAGGGCUGGCAGUACAGCUGGAUGCGGUGUGCCUGGCUGCCCAGCCUCCUGCCAAGAACUGCCACUGGGGUCAGAGCUCUGCUCCCAGGAAGUGUCUCCUCUCGGGGCCCCAUGGUGUGAUGCUGUGUCUGUAUAUUCUAUACAAAGGUACUUGUCCUCUCCCUUUGUAAACUACGUUUGACAUGGAUUAAACAAAUAUAAACAACUGA